CUACAGCUAGACAGCAUCUGCCAGCUUCUGUAUAAGCUAAACUCGUUCUAUACCACCAGCCCUGCCCAGCGAGAAUACAUGCUCCAAAAGAUGAAAAAAGUGGGAAAACUGCAGAACGUGGAAGUAGAAGUAGUAGAGGCACCAGAAACAGUGCCCGAGACAGAUAAAACAGACGAAGCAUCCAAGAGAAGUAGAAUAAGUACAGAGCAAAAGAUUGCAAUGGUAUUUAUAGCCUUGACCGCUGUCCUUGCAGUAGCAAUAUUGCUCACGCCUCCAAGAAAUGAAAUAAAACACACCAGCAACUGA